AUGUCCAAGGUGGAUGGGAAUUUUAAAUUUAGCCCCGUUAGUGUUAACUUUCUUACCGAGGGUGCAAAAGUUCUCUUUGCAGUUGUUAUGCUUUUGAUCCAGGCUAGGCGCCAGAAAGUUGGUGAGAAGCCCCUUCUCUCAAUUUCGACAUUUGUGCAGGCAAGCUCGGAUCUGGACCCAUCCUGCCCAAGACCUGAGUUCUUCACACAGUACGCAAGAAGGAUCACACUGGGGGAUGAAANCUAUUGGAAUUCACAUUGGCUGGGCAUUUUGGUUGUGCUGGUCAUCAGGCAAGCUCGGAUCUGGACCCAUCCUGCCCAAGACCUGAGUUGCACUCUUCACACAGCUGCUCGCAGUAAUGUGCUACUUGCAGUUCCAGCGUUUCUCUAUGCAAUCAAUAACUAUCUAAAGUUUGUCAUGCAGCUGUAUUUCAAUCCUGCGACUGUGAAGAUGCUUAGCAAUCUGAAGGUUUUGGUUAUUGCUGUUCUUUUGAAAGUAAUAAUGAGGCGUAGAUUUUCCAUCAUUCAGUGGGAGGCUCUUGCUUUGUUGCUUAUUGGAAUUAGCAUAAAUCAGAUGCGUUCCCUGCCUGAGGGUACUACUGCUUUGGGACUUCCUGUAGCAACGGGUGCAUACAUCUACACUUUGGUCUUUGUUACUGUUCCAUCUUUGGCCUCAGUUUACAAUGAAUAUGCUCUGAAGAGUCAAUAUGAUACAAGCAUUUACCUUCAGAACUUGUUUUUAUAUGGAUAUGGUGCUAUAUUCAACUUUCUAGCGAUUCUUGGAAUUGCCAUUUUCAAAGGUCCCAGUAACUUUGAUAUUUUACAAGGACAUUCAAAAGCUACCAUGCUUUUAAUAUGUAACAAUGCAGCACAAGGAAUUUUAUCCUCCUUUUUCUUCAAAUAUGCUGAUACAAUUUUGAAGAAAUAUUCAUCAACUGUUGCAACAAUCUUUACCGGCAUUGCCUCUGCUGCGUUGUUUGGUCAUACUUUGACCAUAAACUUCAUUUUAGGGAUAACUGUUGUUUUCAUUUCAAUGCACCAGUUCUUCUCACCUCUUUCAAAAGUGAAAGAUGAACAACAAAAUGGAGUGCUGGAACGAUUGGACAUUCAAAAUAACAGGUCAGGGGAUUCAUCUUUCAUAAAUAUGGCUGCAGGUGCAAAUGAAGAGGCUAGUCAUCGAGUAGGACAUGAUGAAAGGAAACCGCUUCUUCCCACCUAA